UUAAAAAAAAGGUAAUGCAAGAGAGAGAGAUUCAAAUUGAAUUCCCUCAGAAAGAGGGUAAAAGGAUUGAGCGGUUGAUGAAAACGCGAAUAUAGGAGCAGCGAAUAACUGCCUCAAAUCGAACACCCUCAAUUAGAAACUUGCUUCUUAUUCCCAAAUCGAAUCAUUCUUCUUUCUUCCUUUUCAUUUCACUUUCUUUUCGUCUUUUGAUUUCUUUCAUUCUCCAAAUCAAAUCGAUUCCACUAAGAGAAGGAACAAUCGACCAUGGCGGGAGAAGGAGGCGAUGUUAGCGUUGCCAACGGCGCUGAUGAAACAGCAAACCCGGAAUCCGCAGCCUCCUCUCCAAAGAGCAAGGUCAAGUUCAUGUGCAGCCAUGGUGGCAAGGUUCUUCCCCGUCCCUCCGAUGGCCUCCUCAAGUACGUCGGCGGCGAGACUCGCGUCGUUUCUGUCCCUAGGAACGUCACUUUCCACGAGUUGAUGAAGAAGCUGCAUGGAAUGAUCGAAGGAGGAGAAAGCAUGGUGCUAAAGUAUCAGCUGGUGCCGGAAGAUCUGGACACACUGGUAUCGGUGAGGAACGACGAGGAUCUAAAGCAUAUGAUUGACGAGCAUGACCGUCACGAAGUUGGAGGAGCUCCCAUGCUGCGGACAUUCAUGUGCCCGUCGAAGCCGCUUUUGGUGGUGGACAAAGAUAACCAAGGAACAUCAGGGACUGAGCCCUACCCCUUGGAGCAGCGCUACAUUGAUGCCAUUAACGGCUUCCAGCGCAUAAGCCCAAGGUCAAGGCCUAGUCCAAUUAGGGCUGCAUUCAACGCCCCCUCUGCCUGUUCAUCCCCCAAAUCCAACUCCCCAGACGGUCACACCACGGAUCUGGUCCACGAAUCGCCGCCCUUCCACGGCCACAUUCUCGGUCUCGGUCUAGGCCGCCGUAGCACCAUGCAUAGAGUGCACAGCUCUCCCAGCAUUUCUAGCCUAAGCAACAUUCACAGCCUUGCCGUUCAACAGCAUGAACACCAUAACCAUUAUCACAAUCAUUCCCCGAGCCACCAGAGUCAGAACCAGGGCCAGAGCCAGGGUCAGGGCCAGAACCAAGGCCACCAUCCUCCUGCUCAUCUGCCUGCUUCUUAUCAAAGAACCGCGACACAAGAUCAAUUAGUUGGGAUGGGAAGGCCGCCGCCGCUUUUGGCGCUGAGGAGGUCGGAUAUGGGUAGCAGGAGUGCAAAUAGUAGUAGUAGUACUUUCAACUAUUAUUAUCCGCCUACUAAUAAUAAUAAUUGCAGACCCCCAAAAGGGUACGGAUACUACGAUGAAUCUCCAGCAUACGGUGGUGGCAUGGGUGAAAGAGUUGGUAGUGUGCCUCAGAGUCCUAGAAACUCUAUAUGGGAAUAACCAAUUUCCUCCCUUGUUCUUGUGUAAAGGCUUUUCAUUUCAUUUUUCUAUUGUUUUAUUUAUAGGAAGAUAACCUAAGCUAGAAGGAAUUUUUGCUGGGGAACGUUAAUUGUAAAUACAGCUUUGUUUUCUACAGUAUAAUAUUAAUUUCAUUUGUAAAUA